AUGGUUAUGAUUCAUAUUAAUAAUGACGCAAUGAGUGUUCGUUCGCAAAGAAGUCGUGUUACAUUUUUUGAGGACAUUGAGAUGGACUCACUCGAGCCAGAAGUUAAUAGUGUAAAUGGAAAAUAUGAGCUUAGUACGAUUAAAGAAUAUGAUAAUGAAUUUGUUAUCGCGAGUGUUGAAGCAUUUAAAGAGUUUGAUGCAACAACGGAGGUGUGCGAGCCGAAAAGAAUGGAUAUCACAGGUUCCGGAUUGCACAUUAUGCCGGAAGUGAUAUUACAGUCGAGUCAUUUGGUCGAGGAACUGUUAGCAGAUCAUAAUAAAUUGCAAGAGUCCGCAUUAAAGGCACUCACAGAGUUCAAGAAACUUCGUGUGGUGAGAGUAAGUUCAAAUUGUUUUAAAAAAUUCCCCGAGCAACUAAUGGACAUCCAAAAUUUGACUGUAUUGGAUAUAUCGAAAAAUGAAAUUGAUCGAUUACCGGACAAUAUUUUUAAAAUGGAAAAAUUGGAAGAGUUGCGGAUAGAGCAUAAUUUACUACAAAGUUUACCGAAUACACUUAAAUUAUUGAGAAAUUUGAAAAGUUUGCAAGUAUCUAAUAACAGAAUCAAUAAGCUCCCUGACUUUAUGAUCGCAAUGAGAUUUAAUAACGGUGUGGAUUACACAAUUCAAAAUCAAUUGGACAUGAAAAAUGGAACAAAGAAUGAGGAAAUAUCGAGGAUUGACUACAGUAAUCCUCCACUUAAAAAACUCAAUUUGCGAGCUAACCAUCUGAAAGGAAACAUAAUACUUGGAAAUUUUACGCCACUACCAAAAAGUAUUAGACACAUCGAUGUAAGCUUCAAUAAUCUAACAGAGAUUCCAGAAUGGCUAAAUUGCUGUCACCAGUUAAGGACACUCUACGCAAACAAUAAUAAUAUAUCAACGUUGCCAGAUAAUCUCUUUCAAAAUGAAAACGGCAUGCUGCAUACAGUUCAAUUGGCUUGCAAUAGACUUGUUAAAUUACCACCUAUGCCGAAGAAAAUAUUACCGAUGCAAGAGCUUUAUAUCAAUGGGAAUCAGAUUGAAGAUUUGCCAGAAUUUUUCUUCACUGCAUGUGAGAAUUUAAUUCUCUUGAAUGUGUCCAGUAAUAAGUUACUUACACUGCCAAUUGUAAAUGAUGGCAACCGGAAUCAGUUGGAGAGGCUUUAUGCUACAAAUAAUAACCUUACUGAUAGAGUCCUUGAUACAUUAAUCAAUUUAACGAGUUUAAGAAUACUGCAUUUGUCAUAUAAUCGUUUAACAGCACUUCCAGAGAGUUGUAUAGCUAAUUGGGCGGAACUAGAAGAGUUGAAUAUUUCUGGCAAUAAACUUCAGCAUUUACCUGAUAAUUUAUCGAAUUUAAGGAAUUUACGAGUUCUUCGAAUUCAUUCCAAUCAAUUACAGUCCACACCAGCGUUAUCUAAAAUUACAUCUCUUCGCGUCCUCGAUUUGGCACACAACCAACUUGAUAAAAUAAAUCUUAUAGUUCUUGUUUCUAAGAAGCUCCAAUUUCUUGACCUCUCAUGCAAUAAUCAACUUCAAGUUGAUGCUAAACAAUUACAAAGCUGUAGAUCUCAACGUCCAAUGAGUUUAGUUGAUGUAUCAGGCAAAAAUCGACCUUCUCUUCCAACAGUACCGAAUUCAAGUCAAGAUAUUCAAGAGAUUGAUCCGCCAUGGAAGGUUGGAUUCUCUGAAACAAGUGGAAAUGCAAACAAAUUAUAUAUUGCUCAAUUAAGACUACCCGGUUUUUGUAAUGCUGAAGGAUUAUUUGGCAUUUUUGAUGGUGAAUUAAACAAUAGCUUACCAAAUAUGCUCGUAAAAGUUACACCAAAGAUUUUACUAGAAGAGAGGACGGUAAAGGAAACAUCUAAUGACUAUAUGAAGUACACUUUAUUAUCAGCACAUCGUGAACUGAAACAGCAGGGUCAAAAAGUUGGCAUCACGGCAACAAUUUGUCAUAUUUCGAGAACAAAAGUGACACCUGACGCAAAUAAUUAUCAUAAUUACCAAUCAAAUGGCAGAAAAUUUAUUCUCCGAGUUGCUUCUGUCGGAGAGGGAAGUGCAAUUUUAAUUCGUCAAAAUGGCAUUUUGAAAUUGACAGUUGGAACCAGUAAAACGAAAAUUGGCUGUAGUUAUAACUUUCCCAACACCAUUCCCGAUCCAGAAUGCAAUGAGAUUAUUCUUGGUGACAAUGACGAAUAUUUAGUUGUUGCAAAUAAGAAGCUUUGGGAUGUUUUGACACCCCAUGAUGUUGCCAAUGAAAUUCGAAAAGAGGAUAAUGUAUUGCUUGCAUCAAAACGACUUCAGGAUGUGGCGCAGAGUUUUGGCGCCGAAGAAAACUUGAGUAUUAUUGUAGUGAAAUUCAAUAAUCUUGGUACGGAUAUUGACUUCUUGAUGAGAGAGUUACGUCAUACUAUAAGAAAAAAACCGAACUCAAGUGUAAUUUCCGGCUUUUGUAAAUGUGGAUGUUGCUGUGAAGCAAGCAAUUGUUGUCAUUCAAAUAAUGGACAGUUUACACGUCAUCCUUCAGCAAGAAGUGAUCGCUCAUCACCAAGUGGACAAAGUGAUCAAGCAUCAAUUAGUGACAAUCAAUCACAAGCGACAAAAUCAAAGGAUGGCAAUAGCUCGACAAUCGGAAGUGCUGCAUCAAAAUCAAUCAUUGGAACUGACAAGAAAAGUUUAAGGAAUGGUAUCGCAAGAGCUGUACGAGCAAGAAUUGAGGAAGAACGAGAACAAGAAUCUGAUUCUGUGAUGUCAGAAGAGCAGUUUAAAUGUUGGGAAUAUAUGCUCGAACAAAAUACACAGCUUUUAUUUGACAAGGAACUGAAUACAAUUUCUAAAGCAUUUACAAAACGCAAUCAAUCGAAUUUAAAUCGCAAGCAUGUUAGAUCAUUGUCAACAUCAACGCCAAUUAUUCAUAAUCAAUUGGAUCCUAAAUCGAAUUUCGCUCAGUUUUCAUCGAUUUUAAAUCCGCCAAAUCAUUCAAACUCAUCGCUCAAUUUGAGUACCAUUCAUCAACCUGUUGAUAUAUCCAAUCAAAAUAACUUCUUGUCAAAACAUUUUGGAAGUGCUCGAUCUUUUCAGCCACACACACAGAACUUAUUUAAGCCAAUACGAAUGACUCCGACUGGUGCACCAGCUAAUCGACCGUCAUUUAGUGGUGGCAUGCAUGCUGCAUACUUUGGAUCAUUACAACGUUUAAUGCCUUACAAUUUAGAAUAUGAUUUCGGAAUGAUACAGGAACGACCAGGACUUGAGGAGGUUGAAGCAAUUCCAGAUGCUGAAAAUAGAAUGCAACAGUAUUGGGGCGUUGCAACCACAGAACUAUAA